ACACCUCACACACCUUUCAGCUGCCCGCUCCCCGGACACGCCUGCAGCCCUGCCCAGACGGCCCUGCUCACCCACCGCUUGUAAAUGCUCCAGACAUGAGCCAGCCCAGGCCCCGCUACGUGGUAGACAGAGAUGCAUACUCUCUCACCCUCUUCGAUGACGAGUUUGAGAAGAAGAACCGGACGUACCCACUGGGAGAGAAACUCAGCAACACUUUCAGAUGUUCCUCAGCCAAGAUCAAAACCACAGUGUUCGGGCUGCUCCCCAUUCUCUCUUGGCUCCCCAAGUACAAGAUCAAAGACUACAUCGUCCCCGACCUUCUUGGCGGCCUCAGCGGUGGAUGCAUCCAGGUUCCACAAGGCAUGGCAUUCGCUCUGUUGGCCAACCUUCCUGCAGUCAACGGCCUCUACUCCUCUUUCUUCCCCCUCCUGACCUACUUCUUCCUGGGGGGUAUCCACCAGAUGGUGCCAGGUACCUUUGCCGUUAUCAGCAUCCUGGUGGGUAACAUCUGUCUGCAGCUGGCCCCAGAGUCGAAAUUCCGGGUCUUCAACAAUGCCACCAAUGAAAGCUAUGUGGACACGGGGGCCAUGGAGGCCGAAAGGCUGCACGUGUCAGCAACGCUAGCCUGCCUGACGGCCGUCAUCCAGAUGGGCCUGGGCUUCAUGCAGUUUGGCUUUGUGGCCAUCUACCUCUCUGAGUCCUUCAUCCGGGGCUUCAUGACGGCCGCUGGCCUGCAGAUCCUGAUCUCCGUGCUCAAGUAUAUCUUCGGACUGACCGUCCCCUCCUACGCAGGCCCAGGGUCCAUCGUCUUUACCUUCAUUGACAUUUGCAAAAACCUCGCUCAUACCAACAUCGCCUCGCUCAUCUUCGCUCUCAUCAGCGGUGUGGUCCUGGUGCUGGUGAAGGAGCUCAAUGCCCGCUACAUGCACAGGAUCCGUUUCCCCAUCCCAACAGAGAUGAUUGUGGUAGUGGUGGCAACAGCUAUCUCUGGGAGCUACAAGAUGCCAAAAAAAUACCACAUGCAGAUCGUGGGAGAGAUCCAACCUGGCUUCCCCACUCCCGUGUCGCCUGUGGUUUCGCAGUGGAAGGACAUGCUUGGCACGGCCUUCUCCCUGGCCAUCGUGGGCUAUGUCAUCAACCUGGCCAUGGGCCGGACCCUGGCCAACAAGCACGGCUAUGAUGUGGAUGCUAACCAGGAGAUGAUCGCCCUGGGCUGCAGCAACUUCUUCGGCUCCUUCUUUAAGAUCCAUGUCAUUUGCUGUGCUCUCUCUGUCACUCUGGCCGUGGAUGGAGCUGGAGGAAAAUCCCAGGUGUCAAGCCUGUGUGUGUCCCUGGUGGUGAUGGUCACCAUGCUGGUCCUGGGGUCCUAUCUCUACGCUCUCCCCAAGUCUGUGCUAGGAGCCCUGAUUGCUGUCAACCUCAAGAAUUCUCUCAAGCAACUCGCCGAUCCCUACUACCUGUGGAAGAAGAGCAAGCUGGACUGUUGCAUCUGGGUGGUGAGCUUCCUCUCCGCCUUCUUCCUGAGCCUGCCCUACGGUGUGGCCGUGGGGGUCACCUUCUCCGCCCUGGUUGUGGUCUUCCAGACCCAGUUUCGUAAUGGCUCUGCUUUGGCCCAAGGCAUAGACACUGACAUUUACGUGAAUCCCAAGACCUACAAUAGGGUCCAAGAAAUCCAAGGUAUAAAGAUCGUCACUUACUGCUCUCCUCUCUACUUCGCCAACUCAGAGAUCUUCAGGCAAAAAGUCAUUGCCAAGACAGGUGUGGACCCCCAGAAAGUGUUGCUGGCCAAGCAAAAGAACCUCAAGAAGCAGGAGAAGGGGAGAACGAUGCUCACGCAACAGAGGAAGUCUCUGUUCAUGAAAACCAAGACUGUCUCCCUGCAGGAGCUCCAGCAGGACUUUGAGAACGGCUCCCCGACCGACCCCAACAACAACCAGACGCCUGCUAACGGCACCAGUGUGUCCUACAUCACCUUCAGCCCUGACAGCUCCACCGCUGCCCACUGCGAGCCCCCAGCCCCUGCUAAGCCCAGUGACAUGCUGGCCAGCGUCCCACCCUUUGUCACCUUCCACACCCUCGUCCUAGACAUGAGUGGGGUCAGCUUUGUGGAUCUGAUGGGCAUCAAAGCCCUGGCCAAGCUGAGCUCCACCUAUGAGAAGAUCGGGGUGACAGUCUUCUUGGCGAACAUUCACGCCCAGGUGUACAAUGACAUCAGCCAGGGAGGCCUCUUUGAAGACGGGUGUCUAGAGAGCAGUCACGUCUUUCCCAGCAUACACGACGCGGUCCUUUUUGCCCAGGCACAGGCCAGGGAAGUGGCCCCAGGACACGACUUCCAAGGGGCGCCCGUGGACCCUGAGCUUUCUCUGUAUGAGCCGGAGGAGGACAGCCCCAGCUACUGGGAUUUAGAGCAGGAGAUGUUCGGAAGCAUGUUUCAUGCAGAGACCCUGACUGCCCUGUGAGGGCCCAGGCCACCUCCAGAGCCCCUCGGACCCCGUGAAGGAUGAGCCUGGGAUCGCCGGGAGUGGAGAGCCGAGAACACCUCCGCCGGAACUCGGGUGCCUCUGCUCUGAUGUCCCCCCAGGCACCUCUAGAGCUAGCCGGUCUCAGCAACAGGCAGAGACACCUCUUCACGCUCCUACUGACCUGCGGGGCCCCAACCCACGGUGAGCACACCUCCUGCUGGCUGCUCUGCACCCGCCCACACCCUGCCUGUGGCAGCUGAGGGGACCCUUGACUGCCAGGCUUCAAGACUGACUCAGGAACGGAGGGAAAGCUCGUGCUGACAUAGCGUGCAAGCUUCGAGAGUGCCCUGAGACCCGCAGGCCUCUGUGUCAGGCUGUCACAGGACACAGAGACAAACUGGCCCAUGACUCUGUGGCUCAUCCCCUCCCGCUGCCCCAAGUCCGUCCCAGCAGCUCUGUACUCCUGGGUCCAUGGGCUCCAGCCACCCAGGAAUCUCCGUCUUGGCGACUAUGCCCCCUUCCUCCUCCUCUCAAGGCUGCUGAGACCCCCACUGCUAUUUGGCACAUCAGACUCUAGCCUGGGGAGCGGCCACCAGGACUACCUCCCCAGGGGCAGCCUCCUGAAACAUUUUCACUCCCCCUGCCCUCGAGGGCUGCUCCCCUCUACUUGAGACCAGGUAGAAACCCAGGAGGAACAGGGGAUAGCUGGCAGAAUCCUCUGGCAGCCUAGCAACAGAUACCAGUUACUCUGCACAAAAGCUUUGGGCAAUCCCUGCUCUGGAGACAUGGAGGGAAAGGAUGCUCCAUCAGUCCAGGGCCAACUGGUGGGCCCAAGCCCCGACAGCUCCCCAACCUUAGAAACACCUCCCCCACUGGAGAAGUCUGCCUGUUCUCUUCUCUGGCAAAGCGCCGAUGGUUUUAACCCUCCCUUCUCAGCUCGAGGCCUGAGUGGUUCAGUCAUGUGAGGGAAGAUGACUCCAAGGUCAUAUCCCAACUGGGUGCCUGGCGUGGAGAAGGGCUGAUGUAGACUGAGUCUUCCCCCAAAGGGAUCCCGUGACAAAUUCAGGAUCUGAGGCCACUUCCUUCUAGGAAAGAUGAGAAGAGGGGUUAAGUUCUCCGUAUUUAUGAAAAAACGUAGAAGAAACCCACUAUUGACUUGAAAAUAAAUAGGUUCCAUGUGCAGGUGUUUUGGGAAAUUUUCCAUGAAAGAGCACAGAAAACACCUUGGCCUCUGCCCACUGUGUCUCCUGAGCUUCUUCAAUGAAUGAUCCCUGCCCAAAGGGUUGGGCUGGCCCAGCCUGGAAAAACGUCGAAUUCCUAAUUUCAGCCUGACCUACAUUGUGUGUCUGUUAAGCGUGAGCUAGUCAGCGAGCAAGUCUUCACAGAGUUAAAGGAGGGGGUGCUGGUGAAGAGCCAACAGAUUCUUGGCCUACAAGCACUGCUUCUCUGUGAAUUCAUUAUGCCAUCUGGCUGCCAAUGGAACUCAAAACUUGGAAGGCAGAGGCCAAUGUUAUCUGGGAUUCACUGUGCCCAGCACCCGAAGUGCCAAAUUUCGAGAGGACAAGAACCGUGGCCAAUGAAAAGUCAACCUCCCCUGCUCCACCUCCAGCAAAGUCCAGCUCAGGCCCAAGAGGUGGGGGAAAGAUCACAGAGUCUCAGGACAUCCCAAGUCACAGGUGCCUUGGGAACCAAGUGUCUAGAACCCUUGAGGACUUGCUGAAGUGACCGCAAACCCCCAGGCCAGCCCCAGACCUAAAGGGGAUUGCUGGCGCACAGUGGGCUCGAGUGGGGGCUCAGGGAGGGGUCCUGCACCACGUCCAAGAGUGUGAGUACUACCCGAGUCCACGGCGGAGGUAAGGUGGGAAACACCCCGGGUGCAGAGAGACAGCCGGAAGAGAACUCGCUGCUGGAAUGCCUUAGCGAGAACACAAGCUCACACAGACCACUUACCGAACGUGACUGAGGCAGGGAAGGAGGGAAGGUAGUGAAAGCAUCCAGGAUUUCAAAACUUCUGAAUGUUCUUAGGGAUGCUGAUGUGGUUCCCGGGAACCAGGACUCUUGAGAUAUUUGUGUAAUUUAUUUAAUUUAAAUGCCAUUCUCCUUUUGUUCAUUUUGCUAAUAAAGUGGUUUUGAAAUGUGAAUGAAUGCAUGUGUUCAGGUGGUUUUACAGAGAGACAAACAAGUCACCUCCAGGAAGAGGCGGCCUUGCUUUGCCCAAGCCCCCGGGGGAAAGAAACGGAAAGCUCAGACUUCUCCUUGAGUCCCCCAGCUCCUCUCUGGGGUCUGGUUUUCCACUCCUGGGAAUGAAUAAACUCCCAUGAUACAGCUGAAGAACAGAGAUAGGGUGAAACGCCUGGUGUAAGGGAUCCUCCAAUUCAAGACUGUUCCCAGAGCCAACUUUGUGGUUUCUGUGGCUAUCAAGGAAAUCAGACUUCCACUGUUUCAUGUGCUAAUUCUUCAGUAUUCAUGAGAUGUCUCUCGAAUGGGCCAAUCCUAUCAAUACUCAGCAAAGCUUUCAGAAUCCCCAGUUCGGGGGAGCACACAGCCUAAUCCCACAUUUCCCUCCCGUAUUUGUGAGACAAUGCAGGGAGCAAAAGGCCAAAGGACUGGAGUGUCCAACAAGCUUGGCUGAUCCAGAACUUUGUUUGCUAACUGUAGGAAAUAAGAGGAAUCACAGAAAAAGAGCAAAGACUCCUUCUGUCUGGAGACAGAAAUAGGAUGAAGUGGCAAGAGAUGGAAGACUAGAGAUAAGACAAAGCAAAGAAGGAAGGAAGAUCAGCAGGAUAAACGUAUGGAAACAAAGACAUCAAGAGAGCUAGAAAAGGGAGAACAGGUGAAGGAGGAAGAGGAUGCGGUGUAGAGGCAGAGAAGCCGUUGAGUUCCAAAACAAUUAUGUAUCUAAAACAAACUAAUCUUGCCUCACCAAGCUGUUUAAAUGCCCUUCAAGAUCUGAGUAAGUUGGCAAUGGGCAUCCCUCCCUUCUGAAUUUUAUAUGUAUUUUUAAUGAUACCGUCUCAACCUAACCAUUAAAAGUAGAACAUGAGACAAAAGCUGCCACCCAGGUAUUUGAGAAGUGACCCCAGGGAGCAGUGGUGAAAGGCAGAAGGAGUGAAACAGGCAGGGAGGGAAAACCCACAAAAGAAUGAGUUACUGCAGCCCGUACAGAGGGCAACUGGGGCCCCAACCUCCUGGAGCCCUGCGAAGUGCGCCUCCAAACUGACCUGGAGAAACGUUGAACCAUCGUUCCCACCUCCUCUUGGCCAAGGGUGAUCUAUGUGGGUUGCAAGGACGUGAGCACAGAGCAGUCCCGAGGGGCCCUUUGCUGUGGCAUCAGGGAGACCCCCAGGGCAGGAAGGAAGAGAUGUGCUUGGCUCCAGGAUAGGUCAGCAGGUAAGACUGCUCAGAACUAUUACCUCUAAAGAGAGUUUUGAGUGGCAUAUAAGCAGCAUCUAAAUCAGGUGCAUUUCUUUAACCUAUCUUUAGAACACAUUUUUACCACUAGUUGUAAAACUACAACAUGGCUUUAGCAGUCUUUGGGGAAGAAGUGUCAAAACUUCUAUGUUAACUAGACUUAUUGGGGUCAUUGUUUCACAAUAUAAACAAAUACCAAAUCAUUAUAUUGUAUACCUAAAACUAAUAAAUGGUUAUACAUCAA